AUGCCGUACUACGCCGUGGCCAACGGAAAGAACCCGGGCGUCUACAACUCCUGGUCGGAGUGUGAGUCGCAGGUGAAGGGCUACCAGAACGCCCAGUUCAAGAAGUUCAGCACCAUGAGCGAGGCCAAUGCGUUCUGCAGCAGUGGAGGUGGCAACCGUGGAGGAAAUGGUGGAGGAGGUGGAGGCUACUCCGGUGGCUACUCUGGCGUUUACUCCGGUGGGUAUUCCGGUGGCUAUUCGGACAACCGAAACUCGUCUUCAGGAGGGUACCCUCAAGUUGCUCGUACCGGCUAUUGCGUCAGCUCACCUGCGCGCCAGGAAUCUGGCUACAACUCGGCUUCAAGUAGCUCCCGUUACUCGGACCGUCCGGUCGUUUACACUGGAGUGGGAAUCUAUUGGGGACCCAACCACCCGGACAAUGUCUCUCGACCGCUGCAGGGAAAGCAGACCAACAAUCGAGCGGAAAUUCAGGCUGCUAGUGAGGCAAUCAACCAGGCCAAGGCUCGAGGCUACAAAGAAGUCACAGUUCGUACUGACAGUGAGUUUCUGAUCAAUGGCGUUGGCUGGAGCAAGAAGUGGAGCCAGAAUGGAUGGCAGCUAUCUACAGGCGGCGAGGUUAAGAACAAAAACGAUUUUAUGGCUCUAAAGGAUGCCAUGAAAGGGAUCGACGUCAAGUUUGAGAAGGUCCCGGCUCACAGUGGCGACCAUGGCAACGAGAUGGCCGAUCGCCUGGCCUUUGAUGGCGCCAAACGAGGCUAA